AUGACUCAAAAACAUCUAUUCUCAAUAUUCGACGUGACCAAACAAGUAUUUUAUUCAACACCAUUAUCAAUCGGUAUAGUAAACCUCAAACCACUACUACCAGGACAUGUCCUAAUCAUACCUAAACGAGUGGUCCCUCGAUUAUCUGACCUAAACCCACCGGAAAUAACAGAUUUGUUCCUUACUGUACAGAAAGUAGGAAAAGGUUUGGAAAGGUAUUAUAAUGCUCAGGCGUUGACUAUCUCUCUACAGGACGGUAAAUCAGCAGGACAGUCAGUUCCUCAUGUCCAUGUUCAUAUCCUACCUCGUCAUCCGACUGACUUCAAUGGUGAGAAUGAUCGGAUAUACCCCCUCUUGGAGGACAAUGAAUCGCACUUGAAAGAGAACUUGGAAACAUCGCAAAUUCAGAAGAAAUCGAUAAUGGCGAAUGGCAAUAUCAACAAUCAGCCGAAGAAGACCAAUGCAAAUGCCACUGGGAACGCGAAUGGGAUAGGUGAGAAUUGGGAUAUACCUUCGGACGAAGAUAGAAAACCUCGUGCGAUGGCAGAGAUGGAGGAUGAAGCGAGGGCUUUUACAGAGUAUUUCAAAUCGAUAGAAGGGACACAGUAG